AUGACUGGACCCCAACCACCUGUUAACGAAGAAAUCGUUCGGGGAUACCAGUAUGGUCGGUUCGAACGCGGAGACCGACUUCUCCCUCAUAGGCCAGGGAGCCCAGACAGACCUACCCAAACAAGCCCUCCUAUCAUCAGCUAUCACUCCCCUAACUCACGUGUCGAAGACACCGAACCUCUUAACGACCGACCUUGUGAGGUACUUCACCCGGCGGAGCUCAUCACCACUGGACUGCCACCUUUCAACGAUAGACCUGAAGACUACAGAGCAUGCAAGCGGUCUUUCCAGAGUGCCAUCAGACACCUCGGUCUCACAUACAGCGAGGAAAUGGACCUUCUCGUAAAAUGGCUUGGUAAAGAGUCAGGGGAACAUGCAAGGAGGCUCAGGUCAGCCCACCUGAACCACCCAGAAAGAGGGCUCAUGAGAAUAUGGGCCCGACUCGAGGAAUGUUACGGGGCUCCUGAAAUGAUAGAGGAUGCUCUCUUCAAACGAGUAGACGACUUCCCCAGACUGUCAAACAACGAUCUUCCUAGACUUAGGGAACUCAGCGAUUUAGCUACCGAACUCUUGUCAGCCAGGGAAGAUGGAAACCUUCCUGGCCUCGCCUACCUGGACACUGCUCGAGGGCUCCGCCCCUUUAUAACCAAACUACCAUCCUCACUUCAGGACAGAUGGCUGUCUGUUGGUUCCGAAUAUAAGGAGCGGCACCAAGUUACGUUCCCUCCUUUUAAGUGUAACAGUGAAGAACACAACACUGCUCUCCAUCCAGGACCACCACCUUGGCCCAUCAGCAUAAGAUCCGCUGCAGAGAACGGCGGGGAGGAUAAUCCCCCUAUGGCUACUGGAGUGGUUUCGCAGUGCACACAAGUUUGCGGUGGUGACCUCUCAGAAAAGUCGUGCUCCAAGAUAUGCCUCGUCAAUGUUUACCCUGCAGACCAACCAGACAAAACAGUGAGGAUGUACGCCAUCAUCGAUGAACAAAGCAACCGGUCUUUGGUACGCUCAGACUUUUUUGACACAUUUAAAAAUGAUGGGCCCAGUUUCCCCUAUUCCCUUAAAACUUGUGCCGGAGUUAUACAAACCAUGGGAAGAAGAGCGUCAGGCUUCCAGGUGGAAUCCUUAGACGGGAAAAACAGCCUUCCACUUCCAAGUCUCGUCGAAUGCGACAAAAUACCCAACGACAGGUCCGGCAUCCCAACUCCUGAGGCAGCCCUCCACCACCCACAUCUGAGAAAAAUAGCUCACCUCAUCCCCACCGUGGAACCUAAAACUCCUAUAAUGCUCCUUCUGGGGCGUGACAUUCUAAGGGUACACAAAGUGCGCCAACAUAUAAACGGCCCCAUGAUGCCCCAUAUGCACAGAAACUGGACCUCGGAUGGGUCAUAG